AUGAGAGAAAUUUGUGGAAGAGAUUUGAAGAAGAUGAAUUACCAAUUAAACGUGAAUUCAAAGGGAGAAAGUGAGAUAUUUGUACCUAUGUUCCCGCAGAAAGUGAUAUCUGAUUUGCUCAUCAUUCAUCAAUUUAAAGAACCAAUUGGAGCUGCUCCGAUAGAAUCUCUGAACAUAAUUUUCACCUUCACUUUUCAACUACUUCAGUUCCUAAACCAUGCUUCAACAACACCUCUCAUCACUACGUCGUCUUCAUUCUUCUCUGUAACAACAUUAUAUCAUUAUUUGAUCAAUGCCUUAGCUGCAACAAUUUAUGCAGAAUGCAUCAAAAUGCAUCGCAAUCGAAGAAAUUCAGAAACGCAAAAUAAUAUAGCGAGUGCACCAGACGAUUCUCCGGUUGGUAAGACUUGCAUCCUAUUUUGUUCUUCGUUUUGCACAUCUUAUUUUCCUGGCGUUGAAUCUGUUUUUACGAAACUGAAAACCUCGAUGAUUAGAAAUCGAAACUACGACACUGAGCGAAGGCGAAGUCGAAGAGCAUUGAGCGAGCAUCGAUUGAAUUGA